ACUUAAACUUGUAUUAGAAAAGGAGAUUAGGCUAAGUAGUAGACCUACUCCUAUAAUUUUCAAAUAUUUGUCUUGGUUUUCGUAUUCUUUUCUGUUAGCGAAAUCUAACAAAAGAGGGUUGAAAACU